AUGUCGAAGCCGGCUCCAUCUUUGCUUCAGUGUCGCCCACCGGCUGGCCUGCCUCUCCAAGAUUUUCUGCGACAACCGAUACCUUCUAUCGACGACCGCCUAGAUCGCAAACACGAUGAUGAGACCAAGGACGAUGAAGAGGCCGAUGCAAGUCUUGACCAGAUCACGAUGGCCCCUCUGUUUUUUGAAUCUGUCUUGCCAUUUAAACCGCCUCUCAUGCAUGUUCGUUGCCACUGCUCGAGAGCCGUCCUUGUGUACAGAAAGCAACAGCUUUACCAGAGGAUCAGGCGCGACGAAACAGGAUGUGACAAUGGCGAAAAGUAUGAGUCCGGUAAGCGUGAUCCCCGCUGCGAGGAUUAG